AUACUCCAAUUUAGAUGCACUCCUCCUCUCCAACCCUUGCAUAUUUUAUGACAGGAAGAGGAAGUGAUGGGGUAAUAACUGUUCCUUCUCCCUUAAGGUGACCUGACCUCAACCCAGUAAGAUGCCUAAUCCAAAAGUCUCCAACCGUAUCCCCUAUAGCAAUCCCGUGACUUCCUCCCAUCUACCCUGCACAUUCCACACCCAUCUGGCUCCUAUAGAUAACCAUUAACUUGUGAUUUAAAAAACGGUCGCUAUCAUUCCUCAUAUAUUAUAGUAUUACUGAUUUAAAAACCAGUCUCUAUCACUCUGUGUAUAAUAUAGUGUUAUUCCUGAUGUAUCAUGUUUCUAGGUUAACAAGUUUCCAAGGUUAACAAGUUUCCAAAGUUAAAAAGUUUCCAAGUGUAAUCCAGAGUCUAACGACAGGCUUCACUGUGCUGCGUAGCAGAGUUGCUUCCUCGCUCUCAUUGCUUUCUCACUCAGGCACGACUACGUGGCCUCUCACAGUUUCAACUCCAUCAUCAAGUUCGCUGACGACACAACAGCAGUAGGCCUGAUCACCAACAAUGACCAGACAGCCUACAGGGAGGUGUGAGGCACUCUGACGGUGUGCUGCCAGGUAAACAACCUCUCCCUCAACGUUAGCAAAACAAAGGAGCUCGUUGUGGUCUUCAGGAGGAACCAGGCUGGACACGCCCCCAUCCACAUCAACGGGGCCGCCGUGGAGACGGUCAAUAACUUCAAAUUCCUCGGCGUACACGUCUCCGAGAAGCUGGAAUGGUCUAACCACAUGGACACCACGGUGAAGAAGGCACCACAGCGACUCUUCAACGUCAGGAUGCUGAAGAAAUUCGGCCUGUCCCAGAGGGCCCUCAGUGUUCUACAGGAGCACCGUCGAGAGCAUACUGUCAGGCUUGCAUCGCAGGCUCUUCAGAGGGUGAUACGUGCAGCCGAACGCACCAUUGGGUGCACACUAUCUGCCCUACAGGACACCUACAACACCAGGUGUCUCAGGAAGGCCAAGAAGAUCAUCAGGGACCCAAGCAAUCUCUGUUCUCCCCGCUUAAAUCACUCCGACAAGGGCAGUGUGGGUGCAUCAUGGCAAAAACUGAGAGACUAGCCAAUAGUUUCUACCCUCAGACCAUCAGCCUGCUGAAUAGCCACCACAAGUCAGCUAGGUGUUCUUUCCUGCCUCUGCUACUCAUCCUAUGGACAGUUUCAUCAGCUGUCCGGGUGGCUGGUUUCAGACGAUCCUGCUGCUGAAGAACCCGGAUAUGGAGUUCCUGGGCUGUUACACAAUGUGUUUUAGUCCGGUUGGACGUACUGCCAAAUUCUCUGAAAGGAUGUUGGAUGCGGCUUAUGGUAGAGAAUUGAACAUUAAAUUCUUUGGCAACAGUUCUGGUGGCCAUUUCUGCAGCUCACUUUCUGGUAUCUUUUUUAUUUCAGCUCAUGAAACAUCUCUCCAUAUUCCACUUGGACAGUUGCUUCCCCCAAGCAUAAAUGGUUCUGGAAUGGGACGGGCAUGGUUCUGGAAUGGGACGGGCAUGGUUCUGGAACCAGUGGAGUGAAGCGACGGGUAUGGCUCUGGGCAGACAUCUGUAGUCCAUGAACGGCCACAGGGGGCGCUAGUUAGAGAUAGAAUGACAGAAAAACAGUCCCAGUGAAAACGCUUAUUCUGUAUAUCAUGAUGGUAAUGACUAUAUUGAUUAAUUUCUAUUGCAGCCAAAACAUGCGAUGACACGAUUUCUAAAACGGGGAGCCGCUGGCCUCGAUCAUCUUCAUUCAAGAUAUCCCUAGCCUCUAAAUAGGCUCAGACAAACCCAUGCCCUAGAUCAGAAUAAUGGCCAUGUGUUUCUUAAUUGAGUGAAGCACUAGUGCAAGUAGGGCUAUUUGCUUUGGCAUAUGUUACAUGACAAUAUCAUUAAUCAAUUUAAUGAUGGUCACAUACAUGACUGCAAAUUUAAUGAGAUAUUGUGUUGUCAGUUGUUGUAUUUUGUUGUGUCCUGUGUUUUUGUUAUGGUAUUGUGUGUUUGUUGGCCCUAUCAGUGUUGUUGUUCUGUGAGUCAGUCUGUCUUUGAAACCCCCAUGGCCCUUUUCAUAUUACAUGCAAGAAGACUACACAUAAAAUGCUCCUGAGCAUCACACCUCAAUAUCCCCCAAUCGUCCUGUACACGCACGCACACACAGAGGAGAGCUAUAAAUAACUGUCUGUCAUAGUGCUGGAAAUGUGUAUGGAGCGUGAGAUACGUGAAGUGAUUGACUCCAUUGAUAAACCGUGUUAAAGGGGGUGGGUCGAGCACCGCUGGCGUCAUUCUGAGUGGAUGUGAAGAUGGCUCCUCAAUGCGCCGCGGCAGGACCGCCACACAGAUGCGUCAACCGCCUGCUAUCUGGAGGCCCGAGCACUUUGCUGUGAGAGGGAAGGAAGGAGGGGGAGAAGUAAAUACAAGCUUUAAGAAAGGGUGGAGAGCACCAGACAUCCGAGAUUGUGGACAAUCACGUUGACGCUGUUUGCAGUCGUAACUUUGUCUGUCACAGAGACCGACACAAGACCAUCGAGAGCCAUGGGUUCGUGCACAGAUGAAGAAUUCAAAGAUAAAUUACUAUGGAAUGUGAAAAGAGAGGUGAAACAGAUCAUGGAGGAGGCGGUGACUAAGAAGUUUGUCCAUGAAGACAGCAGCCACAUCAUCGGCCUAUGCCGCACCAUCGAGGCGUGUCUGAGCCACCUGUUGAAACGGCGAGCGGCGGGCUUCCUGCGUAGUGACAAGAUCGGCGCCCUUUUCACCAAGAUCGGCAAGGUCAACGCCACGGCCGGAGAGGUGUGCCGGAAGGUCCAGGAGCAGCUCACACAGCAGGCAGAGGUCAUCAGAACCCAGAGGACCCAGCGUGUGGGUCAGGAGCCCCUGAAGAGGCAGGGGUCGUCGUCUGCAGGUCGCGCCCCCCAGCCCCUCUCCGCUCAGGCCAUCAAGCACAUCUGGGUUCGCACCGCCCUCUUCGAGAAGGUCCUGGACAAGGUCGUACAGUACAUCGUGGAUAACUCCAGUAAGUACUAUGAGAGGGAGGCUCUGAUGCAUGACUCAGUGUUUGGACCCAUCCUGGCAUGUCUACUGGUGGGUCCCUGUGCUCUGGAGUACACUAAGCUGAAGACGUCCGACCACUUCUGGACGGACCCGUCGGCCAACGAGUUGGUCCAGCGCCACUGGAUCCACGGGGCCCACCGGGGCCAGGACGCUUCCCCCAGCAGGAGGCCCGCUCUGGGGAUCCAGAAGAGACAGUCCAGCGUCAGCAUGUCCGAGGAUAAGUUUGCGGCGUCUGCACGGGAAUACGUGGAAUCUCUUCACCAGAACUCCCGUACUCACCUGCUCUACGGCAAAAACAAUGUCCUGGUCCAACCGAAGAAAGAGAUAGAGGUGUUGCGGGGGUACCUGUCUCUUCACCAGUCAGGGGACAACCUCACCUUGAAGUGGACCCCUAACCAGCUCAUCAACGGCACCCUGGGGGACUGUGACCUGGAGAAGAGUAUCUAUUGGGACUAUGCGUUGACCGUGCCUUUGCGACAGGUCGUGUGCAUUCACUGUCACCAGCGACCGGACUGUGGUGGGACUUUGGUUCUGGUUAGUCAGGAUGGUAUCCAGCACCCCCCACUCCACUUCCCCCACGGCGGCCACCUCCUGGCCUUCCUGUCCUGCCUGGAGACGGGCCUGCUGCCCCGCGGUCAGCUGGAGCCUCCACUCUGGAGCCAGAGAGGCAAGGGUAAGGUGUUUCCUAAGGUAAGGAAGAGGACCAGCACAGUCAGGCUGGUAGAUCAGGAGGGAGAGGAGCAGACAGCAGCUGACUAUGUGUUCCGUAUCGUCUAUCCUGGACACCACCACGACUCCACAGUGACCAUAAACUACCACCACACCACGGGCAGCCGUGCUCCCUCGCUGGAUGAUGAUGAAGAGGAAGAGGAUAGACUCCAGGCUAUGAUCUCAAUGAUCUGUUGGCGGAACCUCACAGAUCCUAAUGUCAUGAAAGACCAUGGGGAGAUGAUGGACAUCCAGGGAGCCUAUACGGGAGGCAGCCCAUCGUCAUGGCAGCAGGCAGCAGAGUGCACCAGUCACAUGUCGUCAUGUCUGUGUUGCUCCACAAGGGGCAGUAAUGUCUCCUUGGAAAACCCAGCAGGCUGCACCUGCAUCCAUGACCGUAUCCCUCUGAAGAUGCUGUGCCAGAAUAUGAAAAGGCAGAUCUUGUCCAGGGCCUUCUACGGAUGGCUGGCCUACUGUCGACAUCUGUCCACGGUCCGUACCCACCUGUCAGCACUGGUCAGCCACAACAUUGUCCUUCCUGACAAACCUUGCGAGGCAUCGGGGGGACUGAGCAGAGACGUGUGGAAAAAGUACCAGAAAGAUUGCAAGAACUAUAAAGAGUUGGAGUUGUUGUGGCUGGUGUAUUACGGAGGUGUACAGCAUGACAUCAGGAAGGAAGUCUGGCCCUUCCUGCUGGGUCACUACAAGUUUGGCAUGGGCAAGAAGGACAUGAGCCAGAUCGAUGAGAAGAUCGGUGCACGGUACCAGCAGGUGAUGAAGGAGUGGAAGGCCUGCGAGGUGAUCGUCAAGCAGAGAGACAAAGAGAUGCAGUCGGCCAUCUUUGCUAAUCUGUCUUCAGGAAGCAGCAUAGAGAGCCACGUCCUCAGACACAGAGACUCCACUCUCUGCAAUGAGGUGUUCAUGUCAGUGGAUGAGCCCGACGCAGGGGCGGGGUGGCAGGAAACCCCAGGAGGGGGGGUGGGAGACACCCCCGGCCACUCUACAGUGAUUCUCCCCGCAGCCAGUGGGGCACUAGCUCCUGAUGAGUGCCCCCUAGUGGAGUUUGACUCCCCUGACUCCGGGCACUCUCAGAUUCUCUCCUCUAUCAGCGAUGGACAGAGCACGGAGGAGAAGGGGGGAGCCGGGCAGGAGGGAGGAGCCGGGGAGGAGGCUCGGCCACACUCGUACAGUGUGACGGAGGAGAAGGGGCGACAGGAUUGGUUGAGUGAGGAGAUGCUGUGCAGUCAGCUGGAUAAGUUGAUGACCAAUGAGAAUGGAGGAGCAGAGGGGAUGCCUUCACUCUCAUCCUAUACAAUUGAGCUGUUGGACACGGUGGCUCUGAACCUCCACAGGAUAGAUAAAGAUGUUCAACGCUGUGACCGUAACUACUGCUACUUUACGACCGCUAACCUGGAGAAACUACGCAACAUCAUGUGCAGCUAUGUGUGGGAUCACCUGGAGAUGGGUUAUGUCCAGGGGAUGUGUGACCUGCUGGCUCCUCUCAUGGUCAUCCUGGACGAUGAGUGUCUAGCGUACAGCUGUUUCACCCAGCUGAUGAAGAGGAUGAGCCAGAACUUCCCCAACGGUGGAGCCAUGGACACACACUUCACCAACAUGAGGUCCCUCAUACAGAUCCUGGACUCGGAGCUGUUUGAGCUGAUGCAUCAGAAUGGAGACUCCACCCACUUCUAUUUCUGCUACCGCUGGUUCCUGUUGGACUUCAAAAGAGAGCUGCUGUACCAGGAUGUGUUCUCAGUAUGGGAGGUGAUCUGGGUGGCCCCUCACAUCUCCUCUCAGCACUUCAUCCUGUUCCUGGCCCUGGCUCUGGUAGAGGUCUACAGAGAGAUCAUCAGAGACAAUACCAUGGACUUCACUGACAUCAUCACCUUCUUCAACGAGAUGGCAGAACGUCAUGACGUGCAGCACAUCCUUCAGAUCGCCAGAGAGCUGGUGCGCAAGGUCCAGUCUCUCAUCGAGAACAAGUGAUGAAGAGGAGGAUCCACAUGGCAGGAGGAAGAGGAGGGUGAACAGGGCCAGAAGAGGAGAGGUAGAGAGGAGCCAGAUACCAUCACUCCACCCCUCCACCUGCCCAUCCAUCCUCUGCAUCCAGCACAGCUCCCUCCCUCUCUUACCCCUCUUUAUACCUCACAAACCUGUGGAAGAGACGGAGACGUGGGCCCUCUAUCCCUCCAGCCGGACCAGUGAAGGGUGAAGGCUCCAGGUUGACCAUCCUGGCCUGGAGAAAGGAGAGAACAGGGGGAAGGAAAGGAGAGGGAUGUUGGCUGGGUCCUGGUCUAGGUCUGGUUCUGGACUGGGUCUGAUCCUGGUUCCAGUGCUAAGUCUGGGUCUAGGUCUGGACCUGGUAUAUAGAUGUUGUUUACAAGCACCCGGUCACAGAAUGCCAUGGUUAGUUGGUUGCUGUCAGACGUUUGGAGUUGUCUUUAUGCUCGUUAGUUGGAUCACACUGUGACUGCCCACAUUUUAUUAUUCUCUACUAUUCACCAGGGGUGGCAGGUAGCCUAGUGGUUAGAGGGGCGGCAGGUAGCCUAGUGGUUAGAGGCAGGUAGCCUAGUGGUUAGAGGGGCGGCAGGUAGCCUA